GAUUGUAAUUGGUCAAUUUUUAACGUAAUUUUUACGACUUAAGAUUUAAAAUUUAAGUUUUACUUCUUAAAAUCUCAUUGCCGUUGUACGUACUUUAAAGUAAUUUGUGAGAUAUCUGCAGUAAACAAGUGUGUUGUGCAUGCUUGUGUGCGCGAGCGCCCUUCUUUUUCGCUUUUAGUUUAGCAGCAGCAGUAGCAGUAGGUGCAACAGCAACGGUAUAAUAGCAGCAUGCCGAAUACGAGAGGUUCUUCGGGGUACUUAAAGCGUGCAAAUACUGAACGGCUCCAUGAAAUUUUUAAUCAGUACGCCUCACAGGAGAAGAAUGGCGAGAGGUUCAUGACUGCGUCUGACUUUGUACGCAGUUAUCUUGGCCUUUACACCGAUGCCGAUUAUAAUCCCAAUUCUGUUAAUUUACUUGCUGGUAUUGUUGAUACCAGCAAAGAUGGACUUAUAUCGUUUGCCGAAUUUCAAGUAUUUGAAGGUCUUCUGUGUGUACCAGAUGCUCUAUAUAAGACAGCUUUUCAACUCUUCGAUACUAAUGGAAAUGGAAUGGUUGCAUUUGACGAGUUCGCUGAGGUGAUGCGGAAAACUGUACUACACCAAAAGAUGCCCUUUAAUAUGGACAGUAGUUUUAUCAAACUCUAUUUUGGAAAAGAUAAGAGUAGACUGAUUAGCUAUGCAGAGUUUAGUCAGUUUUUGCAUGAUGGAGAUUUCAGCGUUGAAGACAAGCCUCGCUUUGGACAGCCAAAAAUAUUCGAAGACAAAGAAUUAGAGGCAUUACCCGAAGAAGAUCAGAGUCAAACGCAAGAGAAGCUUGCAGAAUCAUUGGGAGUAACUCAACAAGCCGUUUCUGUACGAUUGAGCGCCAUGGGAAUGAUUAAAAAAUAA